AACAAAAGUGUCAGUUUCAUAAUUGAUCGAAAACGUCACGUCACGAAGAACAGCCUCUAAAAUAAUUCUAUAUAAUAGGAAACGAAAAUAUAAUUUAAAAAAAUACUAGUCCAAAUCACUAUUUGAUGACGUUAAUGUUCUGUUCGUACUUAAUAAAUAACGUGAGUCGCGAUACGACUUGUGAUCUCGUAUUUGUACAACAAAUUAGACAGUUGUCAACGUUACUUAAAUAUCACUGUACUUGCUAGCCUGUCGUCGGUUAAAAUUAUUUAUAUUAUGUGCAAACAGAUGUGUUGGCACGAAAGAAGUUAGUUAAACUGUUUUUAAUCUCACAUUGAUGUAGGUGAGUAAAAAGCUUAACACCACUUAUUCAUAAUACAGGAUCUGUUUAAAAUCAUAACAGGAACUGCUAGAAACAAUCGCUCAGGCGGCGGCUAGAGAUGGGGCGCGGCGCUCGCUGGCGCGUGGCGGCGGCGCUGCUGGCGGGCGCGCUGCUGGUGUGGCUGUGGCGCGGCGGCGCGCGGCCCGCGGGGGCGCAGCGCCGGCGCGAGCUGGACGAGCCGGUGGAGGGCCGCGAGCUGCCGCUCAUCUUCAUCGGCGGCGUGCCACGUUCUGGCACCACGCUGAUGCGCGCCAUGCUGGACGCGCACCCCGACGUGCGCUGCGGACAGGAGACGCGAGUGGUGCCGCGCAUUCUGCAGAUGCGCCAGCACUGGAUGCGAUCGCAGAAGGAGAGCGUGCGCCUGGAGCAGGCGGGUGUCUCUAAAGCGGUGCUGGACAACGCCAUCGCCGCCUUUUGCUUGGAAGUGAUCGUGAGGCACGGGGACACGGCGCCGCGGCUCUGCAACAAGGAUCCGCUCGUGCUCAAGAUGGGCACCUACGUGCUGGAACUGUUCCCCAACGCUAAGUUCUUGUUCAUGGUGCGCGACGGCCGCGCUACAGUGCACUCUAUCAUCACUCGCAAGGUGACGAUCACGGGAUUCGACCUGACGAGCUACCGGCAGUGCCUGACCAAGUGGAACCACGCGGUGGAGCUGAUGUACCAGCAGUGCAAGACGAUGGGCCCGGACAAGUGCCUGGUGGUGCGCUACGAGGCGCUGGUGCUGCGGCCGCGCGCCACGCUGCGCCGCGUGCUCGCCUUCCUGCAGCUGCCGUGGCACGACGCCGUGCUGCACCACGAGCGCUACAUCAACCAGCCCAACGGCGUCGCGCUCUCCAACGUGGAGCGCUCGUCGGACCAGGUGGUGCGGCCGGUGAACCUGGACGCGCUGGACAAGUGGGUGGGGCAGAUCCCGGCCGACGUGCGCGCCGACAUGGCGGAGCUGGCGCCCAUGCUGUCGGUGCUGGGCUACGACCCCUGGGCCAACCCGCCGCGCUACGAGGCCACGGCCGACGCCGCCACCGAGCGCCGCCCGCCCUAGCCGCGCCCGCAGCCACACCCACCAACGCGCAAUAAACGAUAACACCAAA